GUUUAAAUUUACAAGAAGGAAAACAUUACGUCCUGUUUGUUUGUUCCUCCUGAGGACCCGUACGCCUUUACGGAUACCAGCAUUUCAAGUACUAAAAGAUUUGUUCCAACUCCUUCCAAAAGAUGUGUUCUCUGGCAUUGUUUAACCCUCCGCUUCCCCCUGGACAAACGACUCUGUGCGAGACCAACAACGAGCUUCUGACGGGGAGCAACGCGGAGGAGUGGCUGCAGCAGGACUCAAGUCCUCUGAGUUUGUACUUUCCCCGAGACUCCCUCAAGCUGCACAGUCGCACUGAGAGCAGCAGCAAGGCGGCCUUCUUGGACCACUCCGAGACCUUGUGGAUGAGGAGUGCAGCAGCUUGGCGUGAUGGUGGUUUUACAGGGCUGUUAAAUGAAAUCGCUAACUCCCACGAAGAGGUGCCGAAAUGGUUGUCUGUGAGUUCUGGGUGCAUCCUGGCAUUGCUGCAGAAAAUCUCCUCUUUUCACAACUCCUUGUUCCCUCAUCUCACAUUGAGCAGCGAGGACAUGAUUGCAGAAUUUUCACAAGCGCUUCACUGGUCAGACUGUGUGGUGCGAGCCUUUGCUUGGCAUCCUCACACAGAUAAAUUUGCCGUUGCCCUGCUGGAUGACUCAAUAAAGAUCUACAAUCCACAAAGCGGCACGACUCCAACCCUGAAGCACCGUCUCCAGAGGAGUGUCGCGGCAGUGCAGUGGAAGCCGCUGUGUGCGUCUGGACUCGCUGUGGCGUGCCAGAACUGUUUACUGGUCUGGAAUGUGGACCCUUGCUCGCUGGCCACCAGGCCUUCGUCCGGAUGCGCACAGGUGUUGUCUCAUCCCGGCCACUCGCCAGUCACUUCCAUUGCUUGGUCACCCAACGGUUCUCUCCUGGUCUCGGCCUCGCCGAAGGACACAGCGAUGAUGGUAUGGGAUGUCGCGGCCGAGAGCUGUGUGCCUCUCCAGCGCGUUGGAGGUGGAGGGGUCAGCUUUCUGUCCUGGUCCACAGAUGGGAGCCAUCUUCUUGCCUCAACAUCAUCUGCGCUCUUCAGGGUGUGGGAGACCAAGAGGUGGACGUGUGAGCGUUGGCCAUAUGAGAAAGGCCGCUGCCAGUCCGGCUGUUGGAGUCCAGAUGGGAGUAGACUUCUAUUCACCGUACAGGGAGAAACUGUUAUCUACGCUCUCACCUUCACUGAAACACCAGGGGUCCUCACAGGCACAACCAAAGGGUCACCAGUGGCAUCAGUGGUGGCCGACCUAUCGCAGACAACCUUUAACACAUCCCAGGGAGAUGUCACUGUCGGUGGAGAGAUCCAGUCUCUGACUUGGGAUCCGAGAGGAGAAAGACUCGCUGUGCUUCUCAAAGGUGAUCCACAACUAGACCGACCUGCAGUCAUUCCCGUCUUUAAAACCAGAACAAAGCCCAUUUUCGAACUUUUGCCAUGCGGUUUUGUUCAAGGGGAGCUUGGUGCCCAACCGAGACUGCUGCAGUUCCACCCGAAUUUUCAACACGGAGCUCUGCUCACUGUGUGUUGGUCCACUGGAAGAAUUACCCACGUGCCUUUCUACUUCCAAAGUGACAUCCGUCCAUUUAGGAUCAAUGGCGGUCCGUCGCUACCACGCCCUCAGGAACAUUCUGCCGACCUCAUCAAUCAGUCGCUCUUUACUGAGCUCUUGUCAUGACCAUCAAUCGCAUCAUGUCACAAAUAUUUUCCAUCAAAUUAGCGUCAAUAAAAUGUAUUGAAUUCAUUUUUCAA